CUUGAACUUCUUUUCUCUUCCCAUCAUGGAUACCCUGCCUGCCUGCCUCCUGUGCGCCGCUCUCCUGGGUCUCUCCGGGGCUUUUACGCAUCAGGACAUGAAGGAUGCUUUUCUGCAGAAACUCGGGCUGGACAAGGUUCCUCAGACCCAGAAAAGUGACUUGGAGAACCUGGUGAUUCCCGCGCACGUGAAAACCAAAUAUUCGUCCCUGCUGAAAACGCACCGCAGUAGGAGGCGCAGAUCUAUGCCCAGCCUGGCGGGCAUUCUGAGGGGAAUCCCCGGCAAUGCAGAUUUCUCCGGAGAGUUCGUGUACUCUGACGCCACCCGGCACCGURUCGUGUUCGACAUGGCGGCGAGGAUCCCGGAGAACAGCGAGGUGACCAUGGCCGAGCUGAGGCUCUACCAGCGGGCUUCUCACCAGAAGCGCCUCACAGCGGAGAGGAGGAGCCACCGGCCAGUCAGCAACGCCAUGGUCAGCAUCUACUGGGUGGAGGUGCUGCCCGGCGGCUCCAACCGGACAUCCUUGGUGGACGCACGGCUGAUCCCCAUUCACGAGACCGGGUGGAAGAGCUUUGACGUCACCCAGGCGGUGCACUACUGGUCCAAGUCGCAGCAGGACGCGGCCGUGAUGUGCCUGGAGGUGUGGAUCGAGGCCGAAAGACCCGGCAGCUACGCCGCCGAGGCGGCCAAGAGCGUCCGCUUCAGCACGCAGGAGCAGCCGGACAACAGCGAGGAGAAGCCGGAGCUCAUCCUCUACACUCUCAGCCUGGAUGAGUACGGCUCUGGUGGCGACUGUGAUGUAAACCCAAACAGAGACGUGUGCUGCAGGGAACAGUACUUCAUCGACUUCCGCGCGCUCACCUGGACCCAGUACUGGAUCAUCGAACCGGCGGGAUACCAGGCGUUCAGGUGCACCGGAGGCUGCAAGCAGCCUAAACGUAACCACGGCUAUGGGGAGCGGCGGUGUGUGGUGUCGGAGAGCGCCACGCUGCCCAUCAUGUACUUGGUGAAGAAGGGGGACUACACUGAGAUCGAAGUGGCCGAGUUCCCCAACAUGAUCGUGGAGAGGUGUGCGUGCAUGCAUGACAACAUCUCGCUGGUAUGAAGGGAGCAGCUGUAGUGUCCCUAAAACUACGAACUCCUGGGAUAUUACAUGUUGAUAUAUUUAAUGCUGUGUCCAGAAUUCUCUAUUGAAAUGGACAUUUCUGGGAGAGCUGUGAACCACACGCAGAGCUGCCACCUCCCUCCACAAGCACUUUCAUUUAUUUUGUAAAUAAGAAUUUGUACGAGUUGACUAAUCUAUAGUGCAACCAUUCAAAUUCUGUCCGAUUCUUCCUAUUUUUUCAAGCUGUCCAUAUUAAGAAUAAGUUUUAUGUUUGGAAAAAUAAAAUAUUUUAUUUCA